CAUGUGAGAUGUGAGCAAUCAGCAACGUUACCUUUAGAUUAGGUUAUAUCGUAACCGAGUUUAGGUUAUGGUUUACGAUUGAAGACAGGAAAACAAAGAAUUGCAGUGUAAGCAUGAGUAGAUUUUUAUUUAAGUACAGGAAUGUGAUUCUGGGUGUAACUGCUACUGCAGCUGGAUAUUAUGCAGUCCUUAUGCCACACACUGUUUUGUUGGAAAAGUAUAAAUACAUGAUGACCAUAUACCGUAUGGAAAAAGAGGUGCCAUUAAGCUCUGAAAUCCAGCAGAUAAUCCAGAAGGUAAUGAACGAUUUAAAGCUGUCCGACGACAUUAGGGAUUCUAUAAAGCCCUUUAGCACGCUUGGUUUUGAUUUGUUUCACGCCGGUACUCUCAGUACCAAGUACGGUGCGAUAUUGGGGAUUCCCCUUAAUUUCACCAAUACUAGAGAUCAACUUCAUCAGUAUCUGCAAAUCAAGGAGGAGCCGAUAGAGUGGACGCGGCAGGACGCAAAAGCUUUUCUAAAAGCAAUAAUAUUUUCCGAGGAUGCACAAAAAUUCGCGAUAGCACGCGAAAUCCUGGGAAUCCAGGGAGAGGAGCCACGCUUUAAUUCACUCAUACUGGCUCUAACUGUAGGAACCUUGUGGACACUUUAUAACAUUAUAUCAUACAGAUUUAGACUACGCGAAGGCAAUGCGAUAGCACGACGUACGUUUUACGUGACUUUCACUUUAUUUGGUACACUAUUUUGGUUUGGUGUAAAGGACUACCGAAGUUACCAGCUCGACAAAAAGAACGAUGAAGCCUUGUGCCGUUUAGGAAACGAAUAUAUCAAGGGGGGACAGGAAUUUUAUGAAAAAACAUUAAUCAGAAAUAGAGCAUUGAGGACUCUCCUUGGAACAGAAGGAAAAAAAAUAUAUACCAUUCAUGGAAAUGAAGAGAAUUUUUUGAGACUGAAGCAUAUGCCAAUUUCCUAUAGGAAGGAUUUUUUCGAUUCGCAUCUACGAAACUUGGAAGGUAUGAAAUAA